UGCGAAGGGGUCGAGGGAAUGAAAAGCCUUUGUUUAGAUAGAGAAGCGCCCGAGUCUGUCAGUUCCUUUGUUUACUCAUGCAGAACAUUUAACCCGCUGGGUGCAGUGUGUAAGAGGAUGUAGAGAUUGGCUUGCAUGGAGAAAGGGAGCUUUGAUAAAGGAAUUAAUGUGGCAAUAUUCUCUUGAUUUUUAGGUGCACUGAAUUGUCCUGAAAUCUAUGACACCGCUACUUUGGAGAAUUUAUACUAAAGGCAUCCACAAUGAGUGACUCUGAGCCUUCUGGGAGUUUUUGAUCUGACUGGAACAAAAAUUUAUUUCCAAACUCCUAUAGAAAUGUGAAACAAUCACUGAAGGAACACAACAUCUUGUUUGACCUUGUCCUUGACAUUUGACCUUUGAUCGCCAUGAAGUCGUUCUGUGAACUUUCAUGUACUCUGUUAUUUCUGUGUGGGUGUAUGUUUAUGUCUGUGGAAUGUCAAAAGAAAAACAAAGCACCCCGCUGGAAGCCAAAAUCCAGGCCGUACAAUGGAGACACCAUUAUCGCAAAAUCCUCGGGGAGCAACAUAAAGCUAGCCUGCCCUGCCUAUGGCUACCCUAAACCGACCACUACAUGGUACAAGGAAGAUGUGCUGUUUGAUGCAAGUCAGAGACCAAAGACGAAAGCGCGUUAUAGUUCCUUGAUCCUCAACGAUGUUCAGGAGGCAGACAAAGGAAAGUACAAGUGCGUCGUCCAAAACACCGAAGGCAGCAUAAACUUCACGUUCAUCGUCGAUGUUAUACGGACAUCUUGGCCACUGGUGAUACAGGAACCAAAGAACGCCACGGUAAUGGAGGGUGAGAAGGUGGAGCUCGAAUGUCGUGCCCUGAACGACCCAGAUGCCACCACGCAGUGGAUCAAAAGAAACAGUGACUCUGGCUCAACGAGCGGUGCCGCGCCCAGCGAAAAUUAUCUACAAAAUAAUGGUCCAAAACUAGUGAUCGAGAGUGCUAAGGUGGAAGACACUGGCAAAUACAUAUGUAUGGUGGGUAACUACAUUGGAAUAAAGUCGGUGGAUGUCUGGGUGACGGUUAAACAGACAACCACUACAUCAACAACCACCACCACUACAAAACCACCGACUACCACCACCGCUUCUACCACUACCACCACUCCAGCUCCUACCACCACCACAACCACUACCACUGUGGCUACCACCAGUACACCGCAGCCAACCACUACCACCAGUAUGGAGGUGAUCUACAUCGGUCCUAUGGUACCGGAUACCACAGAUGACGAGGAUGUGUACGAAGGAGGAAGUGGAAAUGAUGUGGAAAAGAAGAAGAAAGACAAGAAAAAGAGAAAGAAGAAGAAGAACAGGAAGAAGAAGAAAAACAGGAAGAAUAAGAAGAAGAAGGAGCGACAGCAGGAGAGAGAGAGGAAGCAACAGCAGAGGGAGAAGAAGAGACAGGAGGAACUGGACCGGAUGAAUAAGGAGACUGUUCACAAAGGCAAUGGGGACUUCCAAGACGUGAAUUACCCCCACAUCAUUCAUCCCAACAGUCAGGAUCAUUUUGAAACAUUUGAAAACAUCGUCCCCAACCUUUAUACAACACCACCCACUGAAGAUGACAACGAAUUCUUCCCGAACGGAAACAUCAAUGGUGAUCUGGGCGAUUCGGAUAAUACGUUUAUUAAUGAUCGGCUUCCCACCAAUAACGAUCCGUUCAGCGAAUUUCCGGAAGGGCAGCAGCAAGAGGAAGAGGGCAUGAGUGCAUGGACAAUUUACAUCAUCGUCGGUCUUGUGGCAGGCGGUGUGCUCCUCGUGGGGCUUGUGGCGAUAGUGGUGGCGCUUUGUUGUAAUCGCAUCGAAGAUCGCAACGGAUACAAACAUACCUCAGUGUAAAGUGAAAGAAAACAAAUGAAAGUAGAAGAGCGAUCGAGGAGAGAUCUGCAGUUAUAAAGAUAUAUUGAUAUAUAAAACUUGACAAAUCUAACAAGGUUGGUUGUUGACUCAAUCUCUCUCUUGCAAUGACACAAAUUUCUGUGCCUCACAAUUCAAAUCAGUAUUGGAAAAUUCGAAAGACUGGAAACUUUAUACAUGUAUUAUUAUGUGUAUGCACUGCCCUCACUGCACUGCCGCAAACUAUGAUUUAUUUUGUCUUUGUCAAGCAUGCCAUUGGGCAAAACAAUGUUUUUUUGGUUUUUUGUCUCGUUUUUAUGAUUAUUAUAUCUCAUAUACUUUAUGAUUUUACCUCUGUAUUAAACUUUCGUUUCAUUAAUUGUCAUUUGGUGCAUGUUGUUGAAUGUCAUAAACAGUCUAUUUCAGUGCAAUAAUUUAUUAAUAUGAUAUUACACCAUAUUUUCUACCCAUUCUACUGCAAACACCAUGAAAACUCAAAGCAUUUUUUUUCUCCCUUCCGACUUUCAUUGUAGCCGAACAUCAUUUUAACAUCUAUAGCUUCAUUAUAAUUCUAUUUUACAUAGAUUUUGAUCAUGCAAAUAAAAAAAAAAGAUAUAUAACAUUUUUAUAUCAUAGGAAAUGAUCCCAACAUGUUGAUAAAAUAAAUGUCCAUUUUUUGACCAACUUUAUGUUUUGGUGCCAUUGGAGAUUUUAUUAAUGAAUCUUCACUUAGUUAGAUAUUGUAUACACAUGCUGGCAUCAUUAAUGUUGAAGAUUUGCACUUCUGGAGGAUCAAAAGUUAUCUUUCUUUACUAAGGUGCAUCUUCCUACUGAAUUACUAGUUAUUGGAAAUGAUGACCAGUCCAAAACAAUGAAAGUCUUUGCAUUUUACAGUGGUCUACUACAUGUAUUAGAAUUAUGUUUUGUAAAAAUACUUAUUAUUAAAAUUCCCUUUUGAAAUUUUUUAUUUAUAAUUUUUUUUUUUCGAAGAAAGAGGGUGUUAAAAAUGGUGUAUUAAUUGUUUUGAGAGGGAGAAGUAAAGAAUUUUUAUCCUGCAGUAAGCAGUUAUGUACUAUAAGCAACAAAUCAGUCAAACUGCAAAAUGCCAACAUUUAAAUAAGAUGGUGAUAUUAUGAUUAAGACCCAUUAGAAUUCAGGGAGUCCUCAUUAAGCUAGUCCAUUCAAGCACAUGGGUUCCACCGCUGCACACAUAGAACCAUUUUAACAAGAGCUUGGACUAUGGGUAGUUGUGUCAAACAGCAAUGUGACGUUGGCCUGUCUAUUUCAUUGCCGGCCACUCAGCAACGGCUCUUUGAAAUCAACAAGACUUGUCUUGCUUUUAAGCUAAGACUACGCAGUCUGUGUAUGAUUCACUUAAUUAAAAACAGUGUCAGUUUCAUCUUGUUUUGAUGUAAGAAAUAGAUAGUUACAUUCUACCGAAAGUCCAAGGUCUUAUUAAAAUGGUUCGACAUGAUGUGACUCUACAUCAUGGUGGGAAUGUCCCAUAAGGAGGGUAAAACCCAAUCUCUUUCUCUCGUUUGCUAGACGAUUCUUACCUGGGUACAGCCUUAAAAUUUGUUUUUAUUAUAACGAACAGUUUGAUUGUCCUACAGUUAUUAUAAUUCAGAUUUUGUGACCAAAUUAGUCUUAGUGUGUGUGUAAGUGUGUGCAUAGGAAUAGUUUAAGUGCAUGUGUGAGUAAUUCUAAAGGUACAAUGUCAAUCUGUAAAGAGAGAUAACUUCUUCUAAUGUAAAUUACAUGUACAAUAAAACUUUGUACCAAUGUACUGUCAACAAUAUUCGUCAAGAUGGAAGGUUUCGGAAAUUCUUUGGUUUUCAUUUACAGUCUAAUUUUUUUUUUUGGGGGGGGGGGGGGGGGGGAGGAGGAGGUGAAUAAUAAUCAUAAAAAAAAUUCUAAUUGAUAUUAAAAAUUUUCUGCUUCUGUAAUAUAGAGGGAUGAUGCAACUUAACCAGUACGAAAUGUAUGUUUUAGCAGUUAUGAAAAGACUUGUGUUGUAACUGUAUUAUAGGUAUCGGAAUAACUUAAAGGAAAGUUUUUGCUAUUGUAUUAUGAGUUUAUUGUUGUUCAUCUUUGAUACAAACAAUAUUCAUUCACUGUAAUUAUGAAGCUUGUCCAAUACCUCAAUUUUUUUUACGAAUUUCAGACAAAACAACAAAACACCGCGAAGUUUUACUUUAAAUCUCUCUCGAAAAUUCUAAUUGAAUGAUCAAUUAACAUCAGUUUUAGAAAUAUAUUUAUGUUAUUUAUUUCUUUAAUAUAUUAAAAGUUAUUUUGAGGUUAGUUUGAAACAAAUAUUGUUCAGUAAUAUCCUUUCAAGAACAAAAAUGUUUAGGAUUAGUUUGGAGAAUCUUGAUACAUGUAUUAAUUAUCAACUAUAUCAUAAAUCAUUUUGUUUUGUAACUUGUCAUAAUAUCUGCAUGGCGAUGUAGUUUGUCGGAUAUAUCCGACGUAUUAUAAUUUAAAAACAUUGACACUUAGUGUACAAUAUGCUGCUUCUUAAAUACCAUUUUAUUGGUAAAAUCAAUCUGAUGCCAAUGCCAAGAAUCCCCCCCCCCCAUCUUGUCAUUUGAAUGUAUAGAAAGUUAUUGAGUGUACCGUAAUUAGAAAGAGUCCGGUGUUACUACCUUAUUGCAUGAAGAGGUUUUAUAUUUACCAUAGCAAUAACUUUAAUACUGACAUAUACAAAUAUACUCAUUCGAUUUUGUCCAUAUGAUAUUCACUAAUUUUAUCCUGUUCUUUAUCCAUUAUAUAUAUUUGAACACUAUUCUUUAUGUUGUUCAUUUCAUAGAUAUCUGAGAAAAAAAAUUUUAAACCUCA